GAAAUUCCCUUGGCAGAAAAACGACAUCUACUACAGUGGGGCAACGACAUUGUGUACCGGAAAGGAUCAACGAAAAUCUGGGUACCCAAUUACCCUCCUUUGCGCCAGUUACUACUCGAAGAAUACCACGACGUCCUCUACGCCGGACACUUCGGUAGCAACAAGACGCUCACCAGUAUCGCCAAACACUACUAUUGGCCCUACAUGGCAGAUGACGUACAAAAAUUUGUCACCUCGUAUGAUACAUGUCAGCGGAUGAAGAGCAGCAAGCAGAAUAAGGCGGGACUACUACAGCCUCUUCCUGUCCCAGAACAACCAUGGCAAGUGGUUAGCCUGGACUUCAUCACCGGGUUACCACCUACCACUAGCGGUCAUGACGCAAUCCUUGUCGCCAUCGACAAGUUCUCCAAAAUGGGACACUUCAUCCCGACACACACGACAGCACGCCCCGAGGAGACAUCACAACUCUUCGUUCGUUACAUCAUCUCACAGCAUGGCAUCCCAACCACACUCAUCUCCGACCGAGACCCCAAGUUCACCAGCAAGUUCUGGAAGGAACUUAUGUCUCUACUCGGGACCAAACUCGCCAUGUCAUCCGCAUACCAUCCCUUUGGGAUCGGACCCACAAGCAAGAUUCACAACGCCUUCCAUGUCCAACUUCUGAAGCAAUAUCGGGAUCCGAAAACGAUCUUCGUCGGACGCCAACCGCCGCCGCCACCGCCCAUCCUCGUCCACAAUGAACCCGAGUACGAGGUCGAAUCUGUGCUUGCACACCGCCGUCGUCGGAAUGGCGCCGUGGAGCUUCUCAUCCGUUGGAAGGGUUAUGAUCCUUCUGAGGACAGCUGGGUACCUGAGUCCGACAUGGCUAUCCACUAAGAGGCCCAGGGUCCCGAGGUG